AUGGAUCCAUCGUAUUCGGUGAAGCCAGUGACCCUUUAUGGAGGACGGAAAGCGCCCGAAGUGCUUAAUAUAGUUAUUGUCGGUUGCGGACUGGGCGGGCUCGCCGCCGCCUAUUGUCUAGGACAAGCAGGUCACCGAAUCACCGUCCUAGAGGCUGCUCCAGAGAUAGGUGAAGUGGGGGCUGGAAUUCAACUGGGGCCGAACUUCACUAGGUUGCUCAUACGGUGGGGUCUAGGCGAGAAGCUUAAGGAGUUUGGCGUGGUACCACUUGCGUUUAGAUUCCGCAGAUACGAGGAUGGCAGGACUGUGGGCUGGACAAAAUGGGGAGAAGGCAUGGAACGCGAGCACGGUUCGCCCUAUUACCACAUACACCGUGCUGAUCUCCACCGCCUUCUGUUGGAAUUGGCAAGGCCCUUCAUGUCACUGUCUACCAACAGCCGCGUAGUCAGCGCAGAUCCUGGGGUGCCAGCGGUGACACUAGAGUCAGGUGCCGUGAUCCAGGCAGAUUUAAUCAUUGGUGCCGACGGGGUGAAAAGCACUAUACGUGAAAUAGUUGUCGGAGGCCCAGACAAACCCGUUGCCACAGGAGAUGCCGCUUACCGCGCAAUAAUACCAACUGCGGCAAUGCUACAGGAUCCUGUCCUCAAGCACCUGGUAGACGAAACAGAGAUGACUGGUUGGAUAGGUCCGAAGAAACACAUAGUUGGGUACUGCAUCCGGGGCAAGAAAGAAUACAACCUGGUGAUGGCCCACCCUGCACCGGCCACUGAAGAAUCCUACACGGCCGAGGGCAGCACGGAAAAAAUGCGAGCUGACUUCGUGGGUUGGGAGCCUCGGGUGCAAAAACUCAUGGCUCUCGUGCCCUCAACCUUGAUCUGGCCGCUGUUAGAUCGUGCGCCACUCGAUACCUGGAUCCAUCGCGACGGCAGAAUUAUUCUAUUGGGAGACGCCUGUCACCCCAUGCUGCCGUAUCGAGCGCAGGGAUCUGCUAUGGCGGUUGAAGACGCAGCAGUGCUCGGCAAUCUCCUCUCCAGACUCACCAGGAGGGGGCAACUGACCCCCCUCCUAUACGCCUAUCAGUCCCUGCGCUAUCCUCGUGCCACUGCGACGCAGGCAGCGGCUCGGGGGAACCAGAAUAUCUUCCACCUGGAGGACGGGCCGGCUCAGGAAGCCAGGGAUGCUUCUAUGAGUGCUGCCAUGGACCUAGCGUUAAGGGAAGCGGCCGGCGAGAUGUUGGACGAUUCCUGCGAGACGGCUGGGAACUCGAACAUCUGGGCUGAUAGGAAGAAGAACCGGGACCAGUUCGGCUACGAUGCGGACGAAGAGGUCGAGCGCUGGUGGGCCCGAAACCAUGGCCUCGUGGAUACGCCCGUAGGCGUGAACCCCAGGCUGUAG